AUGGAAGCAUUCCUUAAACAAAAACACAUUGACUAUGUCAAGCUGCAAGAAGAACACCGACUGUAUGAGUACUGGCUCAGCGAACAUCUCCGGAUGAAUGGCAUAUAUUGGGGGAUCAUGGCGCUCGCCACCAUGGACGAACUCUCAGCGUUACCCCGAGCGGAAGUGGAGAAAUUCGUCCUCAGUUGUUGGGACGACAAAUAUAAAGCGUUUGGUGCGUUUCCUGGUCACGACGCUCACAUUUUGAGUACACUCAGUGGCCUCCAAAUCCUCAAAAUAUAUGAUUCUGAAUUGAAACAAUUGACGAAUGAACAGAAACAGGGCGUGGUCAAAUUUAUCGAAGGGCUUCAAUUGAGUGACGGCUCAUUUCAAGGUGACAGAUUCGGCGAAGUCGACACCCGCUUUGUCUACACUGCUUUACAGGCGCUUCUGCUUUUAGGAGCGUUGACCAAGUCGGUGGUUGAUCCCAGUGUUGAAUUUAUCAUGAGAUGUCAAAACUUCGACGGUGGAUUUGGUAUGGCUCCUGGCAGUGAGAGUCACGCUGCCCAAGUAUUUGUGUGUGUAGCCGCACUUGCGGUGGUGGACCGUCUAGAUUUGGUGGUCGACGACGCCAAGCUUGCCGCCUGGCUUUCAGAACGCCAAUUGCCUCUGGGAGGUUUCAACGGACGCCCCGAAAAGCUUGAAGACGUGUGCUAUCUGUGGUGGGUGCUUCUGCUGUUAGCGAUCAUCGACAAAAAGCACUGGGUCGACUUGAAGAAGUUGCAGUCGUUCAUAUUGUCGUGCCAAGAUCCGGAAAAGGGUGGCUUCAGCGACAGACCCGACAACCAGACCGAUAUCUACCACACGUGUUUCAGCAUCACUGGUCUCGCCCUCACCGACGCGCCAGGCUUCAUUAAGAUUGAUCCCAUCUUCUGCCUUCCGUGUGAGGUUACAAUGGGCAUGAUUAAAUGGAAGGAUUAA